UGUCAUGUUGUUCUUGGGCUUUGCCUGAAUUGGUUCGAGGUGGCGGCGAGACUCCGACGCCGGACCCGGCGAUUCCAUGCAGCCGAUUCCUGCGAGAGAUGCUGCGGUGGCGCAGGCGGAUCCGUUUUUGGAGCAUAGACGGGCGCGAGAGAUGGCGGCGAUCGUGUCGGCGCUGAGGCGAGUCGUUGCAGGAGACACUGCCGCGGAUGCUCCAUCGUUCUCGCCAUCGCGGGGUGGUGGUCGUGGCGGCGUCAUCGGGUAUAAGAGGGAGCCGGACGAGUUGAUGGGAGAGAGGGCAUACAAGCAUCAUCGAGCUCCAGCUCCGGUGGCAGAAGCCACCCCUUCCGCCACGCUGUUGGCGGAGGAAGGAGAAAGAAGGAAGUACAGAGGCGUUCGACAGCGGCCGUGGGGCAAAUGGGCGGCGGAGAUCAGGGAUCCCCACAAGGCGGCCCGCGUCUGGCUCGGCACCUUCGCGACCGCUGAGGCCGCCGCCCGGGCGUACGACGAAGCUGCCCUCCGCUUCCGGGGCAGCAGAGCGAAGCUCAACUUUCCCGAGGACGCCCGUCUCGGGCCCCCGCAGCCUGGCGUGGCGGCGGCAAGGUGGCCAGAAUCCCAGCCUUGGAGGGGCUCUUGGGAGCAAGCAAGGCUGCCCGGAGAAGCAGAGCAUCGUCCAGUUACGGAUUCCAAGUCCUCCAUGGCUUCUAACCGUGCCGGUUCUUCUUCUUCCACAGAUCAACACAUGGGUUAUCUUCCACAGGCAUCAUGGAUAGAGUCCAACCAACAUAGACCAUCUUCGUCCCCAGAAUAGUGUUCCAUCUCUCAUCUCUCUUUCUCCUUUUCUCCUUGCAUGCGUCCUGUCCUGUACUCCAAGUUUCACGGUUGUGUUCGUUCAAUGGCUUGUCCUCUUGCAUGGUUUAUCCAUGCUUAAUCUGAAGAGCUUUGGCAAAAGGAUCAUCGAAGAAGGGAAAAGAGAAACUUUUCUUGUCAUCGUUGCAGGGACAGAUACUUUGUAUCCAUAGUUGGAGUUCAAAUUGGCUUCUCUCGUGGUGGA